GGAAGUAGAAUGUGUUUUCGUUCAGACUGCGCGCACUGGAGUUAUGCGGCUGUAUGAAGCGAAUAAACCGUGUAUUUACAGUCUGUAGUUUGAUUAUAUGAAUCUUGUGAUGGCGGCGGCAGGAGCAACGCAAGUGGGAGAUGUGGAGGAGGACGCGUCCCAGCUCAUGUUUCCUAAAGAGUUUGAGAACGCAGAGACGCUGCUGAACUCGGAGGUGCACAUGUUGCUGGAGCACCGAAAGCAGCAGAACGAGAGCGCGGAGGACGAGCAGGAGCUGUCCGAGGUCUUCAUGAAGACCCUCAACUACACAGCCAGAUUCAGCCGCUUCAAGAACCGGGAGACCAUUGCUAGUGUGCGCAGUUUGCUGCUGCAGAAGAAACUCCACAAGUUUGAGUUGGCCAGUUUAGCCAAUCUGUGUCCUGAAGCAGCCGAGGAAGCCAAAGCCCUCAUUCCCAGUUUGGAAGGGCGGUUCGAGGAUGAGGAGUUACAGCAAAUCCUGGAUGACAUUCAGACCAAACGCAGCUUCCAGUACUGAGCCUCCAUCUCUCGCUGUUCUUUUCUAUGUGUUUCUGUGUCCUGUAGUUGUUUAAUGUGCUCUUAUUUUGAACAUUAAAGUGUGUUUUUAUUAAAAAA